ACUGCCUAAAGGGAGGGAGAACUUAGAAAGACGAGCAGCAGAGUUCUUGGUCCAGAACAGGCUAGCAGGGAAGAGAAAGCUGUCUGAAAUAUACCUUAAUGUAUCUGUGGGUAUAUGUGUAUAUGUGUAUGUGUGUGUGUGUCUGUGUACACACAUAUAUGGACAUCUAAGUUUAUGAGGCAUCUUUGCAUGAAUAUGUAUUGAUAUAUUUUCAUUUAUUGGCUUAAUGGAUUUUUUUCUGCUGUCCUAAUAUGCUUUUGCCUUCAUCAGCAUGUCUUUGGUUACAAAAUCUGGGGUUUGGGAAUCCAAUCUGCAAGAGGGAGUAUGAGCAGCGCUGGGAGGGCGUAUCCCAAUUCCACACCCCUCAACCCUCAGCACCAGAGGCAUUGACGGAGAGGCAGGACAAACACUGAAGGUUGUUGAGGGAGUUGUGACAUCCUAUGAGAAGUGGAACUAGAUAGCCAUUGAGGUCCCUUUAAUUCCAGUGAAUCUAAAUCUAGACUGCUUUGUAUAGUGACCAGGACAUGAUUAAGUGGUGGUUGAAAGUGUGAUGUCGUGGGCCAUGGAGCUUCAGUGCUUAUGAGAAUGACCUCUGGUCAGAUGCACCUGGGUUGAGGCACAGCUGCAUAAGUUAAUAAUUGUGUGCUCUGGACAUGUCUCCUAACCUUUCUGUGCCUCAGUUUCUUCAUCUGUAAAAUGAGAAUGGCAAUAGUACCUAUUAAGGUUGUGGUGAGAAUCAAUGAGAUAACAAAUAUGAUAAGAUAACACAGGUGGUACGAGCUCAGUCACUGUUGCUGGUGGUUGUUAGGCUGUUAUUUUUGCUGAGGAUUCAGUUUGAAACAUCUGGAUCCUCAGAUGAACCACCUGGCUCUGUGGAGUCAGCCUUAACUGCCUUCUCCAGCUCCCAUCCUUGCUUCUGACCUAAAAUUCCACUAAUGAGGGGGAAGAGCUCAUUCCCUCAAAAUGCCAUCCCAUAGCCAGUUCAGCUGGACACCAAGAGAACCUAGCCAGGCUGCACUCCACUCUGACAGCUUUGGCUCCAGCCAGGGUCCACCCAGCUGGACACUUGGAAGGGACAGACCAUUCAAUCCCAAAUUCUGAGGCAUCACUGCUUCCCAGGACAGCAAGUGACACCCUCUUUUAUCCCCUAAACAACAGGAGUCAGAGAUAUGUUUAUGUGGUGCUGUCCAGGGAGGAUGAGGAUUCUGAUGGGCAGUGGCUCUGCAGCCUGCUUUUGGGCUGUGCACAUGAAACUUAUGCAAAUGUAGCAGCCACUUCUGCUCUUACUCCCUCUAACCAGCUUCCUUCUGGGAGAGAAGGGCCAGGCUCACUCUUCAGUUGUGCUUCCGGACCAGAUGCAGUGGUUCACACCUGUAAUCCCAGCGCUUUGUGAGGCUGAGGACCCCAACCCUUGCUUGGGCACUUAACUGUUUGUCGAACUUGGACCAAUCACCUUACUGUGUGCCAAUGUCAUGCUAAGCACAGGAAUUUGAAGAUGAAGCCAACCUGUGGCCCCUUCAAAAGUCAGGUCUGAGGCUUGUAAGGAGGUAUCUUUUUGGUAGAGAUCACUCAAAGAUAAGCCCAUGGGUGUCCCUAGUUUGGACAAAGUACCCCCCAAAUUGGACCCAUCUUGCUGUACCUGCCUACAUGACCUAUUUUCUAGCUGCAAACAGCUAGCAUUACCUGUUCUCAACAUCUGGCAUUACCUACCUGCUUUGUCACCUUCCCUCAGGCUUCAAACAGCUAUAGGGCCCCACCUCCUCUCCAUCUAGGGUCCCUCCCUCCCCUUUCUCAUCCUGAAAGGAUCUGGAGACACCAGAUCCACAAGUCCUGAUGUCUUUAAAAGGAUCAGCCCGAGGAAUAAGGCUCAUUUGAGAGCUGUGACAUUUAUCUGACUCUAGUGAAAGUCCAACAGCCACUCCCUUUUUGACUUCCAACUGGGCACUAUGAGGGCCUGCAUCCCCCUGGCACUGGCCGUGCUGUGCGGCCUGGCCUGGGCUGAGGACCACAAAGAGUCAGAGCCGUUCCCACAGCCAGAGGAAAAGACAGAAGAGGCCCUUGCCAGCAACUUGUACUCGGCACCCACCUCCUGCCAGGGCCGCUGCUACGAAGCCUUCGACAAGCACCAGCAAUGUCACUGCAAUGCCCACUGCCAAGAGUUUGGAAACUGCUGCAAGGAUUUUGAGAGCCUGUGUAGUGACCGUGAGGGCUUCUCCUACAGCAGUGAUGCCAUAACCAAAGAGGAGAUUCAGAGCAUCUCUGAGAAGAUCUACAGGGCAGACACCAACAAAGCCCAGAAGGAAGAUAUCAUUCUCAACAGACAAAACUGCAUCUCCCCAUCAGAGACCAGAGACCAAGUGGAUCACUGCCCAAAGCCACUCUUCACUUACGUCAAUGAGAAGCUGUUCUCCAAGCCCACCUAUGCAGCCUUCAUCAACCUCCUCAACAACUACCAGCGGGCGACAGGCCAUGGGGAGCACUUCAGCACCCAGCAGCUGGCCGAGCAGGACGCCUUCCUCAGAGAGAUCAUGAAGACGGCAGUCAUGAAGGAGCUCUACAGCUUCCUCCAUUACCAAAACCGCUAUGGCUCAGAACAAGAAUUUGUCGAUGACUUGAAGAACAUGUGGUUUGGGCUCUAUUCAAGAGGCAAAGAGGAGGGGGACUCAAGUGGCUUUGAACACGUCUUCUCAGGUGAAGUCAAAAAAGGCAAGGUUACUGGCUUCCAUAACUGGAUCCGCUUCUAUCUGCAGGAGAAGGAGGGCCUGGUUGACUAUUACAGUCACAUCCUCGAUGGGCCUUGGGAUUCUUACCCCGACGUGCUGGCAAUGCAGUUCACUUGGGACGGCUACUAUAAAGAAGUGGGCUCCGCUUUCAUCGGCAGCAGCCCUGAGUUUGAGUUUGCACUCUACUCCUUAUGCUUCAUCGCCAGGCCAGGCAAAGUGUGCCAGCUAAGCCUGGGAGGAUAUCCCUUGGCCAUCCGGACCUACACCUGGGACAGUUCCACCUACGGGAAUGGCAAGAAGUACAUCGCCACAGCCUACAUAGUGUCUUCCACCUAAUAGAACUUUGAGCCAGAAAGGGGCAUGAGGGCUCUUGCAAGACUAAAGUGCUAUCUUCUUUGGACUAGAGAGAAGAGGGAGAAGACUGGGAGGGAUCCCCUCAUCUCAAAGCAAUGAGAAGCAUUCCUAAAUCCCAAAGUGCCCACAUGGGAAAGAGAAAAUGUACAAAUUAGAAAAAUGUGGAGAAACAGUCAAAUCUUUGUCCUCCAGAAUUUUGGCUAUGUAGACUAAGAAAUAGAGUCCAGGCAGAGAAGGUAGGAACCCUCCAUAGCUCUUUGCCCUGAUGUGUGGGGAAACUAGGAACAAGUCCUUCAACCUCACUAGGCCUCAUGCUUCCCUUUAAUGUAACAGGAAGGGGUCUGCCCACUUUCCUCUUUUUGCGGUUGGUGAGAGGGCAAACCCUGAUGAUAUUUUUACUGUGAAGGUGUUUUCAAUUGUUCUUAGGAAGAACAGCUGAUAGAAAUUCAAGCUAUAAUGGCUGUUAUUAUACACAGCUCCAUAAACGACAACUCAGCCCUGUGUUGGGGUCCUCAAAGAAGUAAGGCCACAGUAAUCAAGCAAGGACAUUUGUUUUUUUCCAGAGUUAGAUCCUCUCAGAACAGGGUCUGGGAUAAUUCCAAUGUUGGAUGGACAAGGGUAAUAUGUUGGUACAGUGAGUGGGCUGGGGGUGGUGUGGUCUUCUCUAGGCCUGAGUGUUUUUAUGUUCAGCUCAGUAUCUGCAUCAAGAAGUUUCCCACUUGUGUAUGUUUAGUGCAACUACAGACUUGUAUUUUGAUCCCAAAUAGUUUUUUUUUUUUUGAAAGAGUUAUCCUCAUAGGAGGAAGAUUCACCAU